GCAGAAAGCGAGGCGGAGAGGAGCCCGCAGCCUGCGAGCCAAUUGCUGCGUCGAGGCCGGCUAUUGGGCCGCCGCACCAAGCCCCGCCCCCGCGCGCCUUGAUAUGCGAUUUUACUGGCGCCGGCCGCGGCACAUCUCGCUCACGAACGACCCCGAGCGGUGCGCGUAUCGGGAGGCCGGCGCGUCCGAGCUGCAGUCAGCUGAUCGAAACCGCAACAGGUAAACAAACAGCAAGGACAACGACUACGAGCGAAAAGGAGAACCCGCGUCGUCCGAGGAUUCAUCAUUUUUUUUUCCCUGAAUGAAGUCAACACGGCUAAGACUCUGAAAGCGGACGGGGGACGCCAUUUACCAGGAGGAAAAGUUCCACCGGACGGCCAUCCAGCGUCUCAGCCAUGGAGGUGGCAACGGCGGCCGAUCAGUCCCGAUGGAUGGCGCACCACCACGCCGUGCUCAACGGCCAGCACCCGGACUCGCACCAUCACGGCUUGAGCCACAACUACAUGGAGCCCAUGGCGCCGCUGCUGCCCCAAGACGAAGUGGACAUGUUUCUGAACCACUUGGACUCUCAGGGGAGCCCCUACUACAGCAACUCUCGGGCCAGGGUCACCUACGGCCAAGCGCACGCUCGGCUCGGCGGGAAUCAGGUCUGCCGACCGCACCUGAUCCACAGCCCCGGCCUGCCGUGGCUGGACCCGGGCAAGGCCGCCCUGUCCGCCGCCGCGGCCGCCGCCGCGCACCACCACCACCACCACCAUAACGCGUGGGCGGUGGGCCACUUCAGCAAAGCCGGCCUGCACGCCACCAGCUCGGGCUACUCCUGCGGCGGCGGGGGCGGCGGCGGCGGCGGCCCCGGCGCCGGCGCGGCUCCGGUGUCUACUCUCGCCCCGGCGACCCACUCCAGCCCGCACCUCUACAGUUUCCCCCCGACGCCGCCCAAAGACGUGUCGCCGGACCCCGGGCCCACCUCGCCCACCUCCGCGUCGAUCCGCAUGGACGAGAAGGAGCCCCCCCUCAAGUACCCGCCGUCGCUGGCGGACGGCAUGAAGAUGGAGAGCUGCAGCCCGCUGCGCGGCGGCCUGGGCUCGGUCAACGGCGGCCCGGGCCCGGCCACGCACCAUCCCAUCCCCACGUACCCGGCCUACCCGGCUCUGCACGCGGCGGCCCACGACUACGGCGGCGGCCUCUUCCACGCCGGCAGCCUGCUGGGCUCGUCGGCCGGCUUCGCUCCCAAAUGCAAAAGCAAAGCCCGCUCGAGCUCAGACUUAUAUGCAGAGGGCCGCGAAUGCGUCAACUGCGGCGCCACCUCCACCCCUCUGUGGCGGCGGGACGGCACCGGCCACUACCUGUGCAACGCCUGCGGACUGUACCACAAGAUGAACGGCCAGAACCGACCGCUCAUCAAGCCCAAACGCAGACUGUCGGCCGCUCGGCGCGCGGGCACCUGCUGCGCAAACUGCCAGACCACCACCACCACCCUGUGGAGGCGCAACGGGAACGGAGACCCCGUGUGCAACGCCUGCGGCCUGUACUUCAAACUGCACAACGUCAACAGACCGCUGACGAUGAAGAAAGAAGGCAUCCAGACACGCAACCGCAAGAUGUCCAGCAAGUCCAAGCGGAACAAGCGAGCGGGCGACGGCUUCGAGGAGCUGACCAAGUGCAUGCAGGACAAGGCCUCCCCCUUCGGCCCCGCCCCCGGCCUCGGCGGCCACAUGACCCACAUGGGUCACUUACCCCCCUUCGGCCACUCGGGACACAUGCUGCCCACACCCACGCCCAUUCACCCUUCCUUCGGCCCCCCCCACCACAGCAACCGCUCGCCGGUUUGGGGGGAGCCGCAUUGAGCCCCUCUCCCCCCCUGUCGGAGCCGCCGCCUCGCCGACAACUCUCAAGGCCCUCCCCCUUCCGGAGUCUCGCCUCGCAGCGGAUGGAAAGCCAAGCGGGGGGGGGGGCAAAAGCAGGAUCGCGGGAACGGAGGUGCCCGCCUCUCCUCGGCCCUCAGCGGAGGUCUUCAAAAGUUGCCGCUUGGCCACGCCGCCCCCCCCCCCCCUUCGACUCGGACCCGGGCUGAAAAACGCCUCGCUUUUUGUCAAGCGGUUGCAUGACCUCCACUUGAAAACCGGACCUGGAUGCAGAGGAUUUGUUUUUCGUGCAAGCACUUGACAAAUCACACGGCAAUUCACCCCCCCCCCCCCCCCCCAGGGCAUGUGCACCCUCUCCAAACGAAAACCCGCAAGGACACGUGGAAUGACAGAGCCUCUGCUUC